AUGUCAGUCGUUCCAGAAAAACCUCUGGCGAUUGAAGCCUUCGCUGUGGGUCACUCGAACACCGCCGCCGACCCUGUAAGCAACCGCGCAGGCAUAGUGCGCCUCCUAGCGGAGAUCAGAGAAGAUUUCCGCCAACUGCACAGCGAGGCAGAGAGCGUGGACAACGCCGACAAUCGGAUAACGAAACUUCUGGAGAGUUUCGAGCGAGCUCGACGCAGCUUCAGCGACAAAACCGAGAGCAUAUCAAGGAUCCUCUCCAGUCAGGUGUCCGUGCUUCCGCCGCCACUUCCGGUCACGGCCCUCGUAAAAUACCGAGCUCCUGAAUAUUUCCAAUUCAAGACGCCGCGUGACGAGACAAGUGAGAAAUCUUCCGCGACCGCUGAUCGUGAUGAAAUAAAGGACAGUCCGUCUGCGCUGGUCGUUGAUCGUCACGUUCUUCGUGAUGCACAGAUAGCAGGCAGUAGCGGACAUAGAGAGGUAGUAUUGCACAGAUUCAACGUACAGUUGCCAACUAUCAAGCGUCGGCAAAGAUCGGCCGAUGGCAACAACGAUGCUCUUGUGUUAGUCCCAACCGCGUCGACCGACGCGUCACUCUCGUGCGACGAGCGUCCCAACACGCUGGUGGCGCCACCACACGGUGUUCUAAGAGAUGCUGGUGGCGCCACCGGUAAGCAAGGAGGUAUCACGCCGGCGUCGACGGAGCUGCUUCUAGACAGCAAUCCACUGAAGAGACGGCUGGCCGUGUUGCACCCGCUCAAGGAGCGAGCGGAAACACGCGGGCUGUCGCCGAUGCACGAGCACAGCGACGUCACUUCCGCCAAGCUCGACCUGCGGUCGUGGAUCCACUUUAAGGUCGCCGCGAGAGGCGCUAACGUCGCGGGUCAGGCCGAAGCCCAGCUGCAGAGGGUAGCGGCGGCGGGUCAAUCGGAGGGAAAGAGCGUCGCACGGCGGCGCGCAGCACCGACACCCGUAUGCCCGCCCAACUCAUGCAUGUUGUCGCUGUCCGCCGCCAGCGAACCGCACACGCUCGUCAUCCAAGAUGGCCGCCUGUGUCAGACGAAGGAGUACGAGUCGUACCGAGAGACGCAGACGCGCUGGGACGCGAUCGGCGUCGUGCUCUGCCAGCUGCAGCAGCUGCUCAGCGAGUACUCGGUGCCCAUCGCACACGUAUGCGGCGAGAGACUCACCCAGGCUGCCCUCGCGUGGGAAGCGUGCUCGGAGAAGAGGAGAAUUCCCGCCGAGGAACUGCUGAGCGUCGUGAACAACGUCGACGACGUGCGGCAGCUCGUCGGCGAUCGGCGACGACGCUACGUCGGCGUCGCCGGCCACGCUAUGGCCGCCACGAAGCUGCAGGCGGCAGUGCGCUGCUUCCUCGCCAGACGGCGCUACGGGCGACAUCGGCAGCAGCAGUGGGCGGCCUCGGUGAUCGCUCUCUCGUGGAUGACGUGCGUGAAGAUGACGCGCAUAAAGCAGCAACUGACGAGAGCGCGACGAGAGCAGGUCGACUUCUUUCGCCACCAGGCGGAGCUGCUGCGCGAGGCCUGGCCUCGUGUGGCGAGAGCCAAGAGGGUCAUCAUUCACAUCCCGUCCAUUGGUGCCCUGCAAAACAUCCGGGAUACUAUAGAUGACUUCUCCGUGCGACAGAACAUGCAGGUCGGCAGACUGGCUGAGAUUUCUAAUCCUGAUGUCGACGUGCUCUACAUCAGUCCGAUGGAGUGGGAUGAAUAUGUCACCGACUAUUACAGAAAUAUGUUGUCCGUACCUGUGGAUGACGGACCCUAUGCGCUCCUGGAAGGUCCAGCCGAUGAUAUAACGGACGAAGCCGACUACAGGUUUCGAAUCUUCGUGCCGGAGGCUGUGCGUGAAUUUCCGAAUCAUCGCAUGUGCGUCGCAUCGCUACUGAAGUACUCGCCGAAAACGCUGCGCCGCAUAAAGAGCUUCAUCCGGGGCCGGGAGGCGUACAUCGUGCCGGGUGUGAUGCACCAGGAUGACCUGGAGAUUGCCGAGGUGCUCAACGUGCCGAUUCUCGGCACCGAACCGCAGGUGGCGCAACUGUACGGUAGCAAGUCGGGAGCUCGGCGCAUAUUCCAGGCAGCUGGCGCCCCCUGCGCGCCGGGUAUGUGUGACGUGUACACGAGCGAGGAGCUGUACGAUAAGCUGGCGCAUCUCAUCGUUAACAACCUGUCCGUCAAGCGCUGGCUCUUCAAGAUCAACAUGGAGAUCGACGGCCGAGGCACCGCCUACUGUGACGUCACGUCGCACCUCGCCUGCGACGCGUGGCUGCGCAGCGAGGCGGCGCGCUACGGCGCCACCUGGCGGCAGCCGUGGGCGCAGGAGGCUGCCGUCGACCGCGUGCGCGGCGAGCUGGCGGCCAUCUUGGAGUCGCACGCGCGGCCCGUCGUUGAGAGCCUCUACCCGACGUGGCGCAAGUUCAGCGAGGUGCUGCUCGGUAAGGGAGGGGUUCUCGAGGCGUACCCGCCGUCCGACGACGUGACGAAUCUCACCGCCGACGUGCUGGUGGCGCCCGACGGCCGCGUGCAGUUGCUCGUCGCUGGCGACCAGCUGCACGCUGAGAGCUCGCUGCGCUGCUGGGGCACGUCGGUACCGCAGUGCUCGGUAGAGCCAGCCGAGCUCAACAGCUGCUGCCAGCGCAUCGGCGAAGCGUGCCGCAAGCGACGAAUAGUCGGCUACAUCUCGAUCGACUUUGCGACCUUCGUCGACCCGGCUUCCGGCGAGCAGCGAAUGUGGGCCACCGACCUUGACGUCGGCUACAGCGAGCAUCUCGCUAACUUCGAACUGCUGCGACAUCUGACGGGCGCGCGCCUCUGCACCGACACGCACACGCUCAGCGUCGAGUUUAGGCCGCCGCCGUCCGGUCGCCGGGUGCGUCGGGGGAGAGCUUCUAAGCCGCCGCCGCCGCUCGUGCAGCAGCGCUACGCUGUGCUCAGCUCGCGGCUGCAUCACUCCAACCUGGCCGUCGUGCACUACAGCGUCUUCUUCCAGCUGUGCCGAGCUAACGGCAUGGGCUUCAGCACCAACGACAAGCGCGGUACCGUGCUGAUGCUACUGGACAGCUUCGGACGCGAGCAUCUCGGUAUGUUUACCGUCGCGAACACCCUACAGAGGGCGCUGUCGAUAUUCGGUCGCAACCUAGCAACGCUGCAUCGAGAGAUCUCGUCGCCGGAAAUGCAAGGGGAGACGAACUUCCUGCUCGGCGCUCGCGACAUCGACGCCAUUUUGGGGCAAACGUUAGAGAACGAACUUGAUGCCGCUAACACACAGAGCGAAGCAGUCACUAAUAGCUAUUAAAUAUAGUACCUACGUUAUACUUUCAAUAUGAUGCGAUUAUCACGCGAAUGAGAGCGCUACUGGAAAAAUGUGAACGCUAGCG